UGGAGAGUAUUAUGGUCAUAUCGCUGGUACUCCAACAGCAUUUAUCCAGGCAAUAAAACUGUGCAGCGUCCUCCAGAUACAUGCCCACCAUCACAUCCAAAUCAAACAAGAUCAGAAAUUGACAUUUCGAAAUUUACUGGCGCAUCGUCCUUUUCCUUCCCUUUUUCCCCUAUUAUUUUUAUAUUUUUGCCGAAGCAUCGUCCUUGUCCUUUAAGUCCCAUAUAUGUUACAGAAUCCUAUGUUGAAGAAUCCUUGCAUUCUGUCCCUCUAUCAUCAUCAUUCUGUGCUCCAACGUGAGCAAAGGACGACAUGCUGAAAUAAUUUUGGGGAGCAUCAGUUCUUUUCAAAUACUGUGUCAUUUCAAGGAGAAAACUGUAACGGAGCUUGGAGCUCAUUCUAGAAGAAAUAAUCACUAGAUGUUAUUAUUUUGCAAUUAUUGUGUGGAAUGAUCACUCAAUUUGGAUGUGAUGGAAGUCAGUGCAGUUAGUUCACAUUCCAAUAGGUUGCAAACCUUGAAGCAUUCAACAACAGCAGAUGACGGGAAAAUGCCUUGUGAAAAGGGAUAUAGAAGUACUCGUAUCAGUGGGAAGCCAAAUUUGACAAACACUUCCUCUUUUGUUAAUCAUGCUGCAAUUGCAUGGCAUGAGGAGAGAAGAAAGUGGGUUGGAGAUAAGUCUCAACAUCCACCAAGAAUGGCUAAAGACCCAAUUAUUAGUUGGUCGACGUCAUAUGAAGAGUUACUUUCUACUAAUGAACCUUUUGCAGAGCCAAUACCUUUGCCGGAGAUGGUAGAUUUCUUGGUUGAUAUUUGGCAUGACGACGGGCUCUUUGACUAAUUGUUCCAAGGUUGAAAUAAAUGUCGACUGAAGCAAGAACCCUGUAAAGCCUUAAAGCUCCAUUCAUUUGCCACUCACUGGUCAUGAUGGUUAUAAGAGAGGGAUACUAUUGAGGAUCAUUACUUUAUCCUCCUAGUACAUUUUUUUCUUUUUCGCAAGAAAACAGAUGGAAAGUCCCUAGUUCUCGUUGAUUUAAGAGAAAAACCAAUUGAUAUGUUUCAUCACUGCACUUUUAUAAGCCGUUUCUUACAAG